CCGCUCUCCUCAGAGAAUCCCUUCAGCGAUGGUCGACCCAACUGGCGUCUCCAAACUAAGACGAGGACGUGUAAGCCUCCAGACAUGCUCGGGACUGGCUUGCAGGUCGACCAACCGAAGGUCUCCCCAUACACGACUGAGUUCUCAGAUCUGUACAAGGUGGGGCGCGAGGUCGAAAGGGCAGAGGCUGAUGCUGGACCGACAGAACCAUCAGGCGUCGACUCAGCUUGUCGUUAAGAAGCAGAUGCGGCACUUUGACCACCACCUGGUGCAGACAACGAAAGAGAUCCCCGUCGGCGGCCUUCAAGUCCCCGAGCAUUUGAUAAGUGGAGAGGACAGGAUCCGCCCGCCGGGAGGAAGAAAAGUCCUCGCUCCGAAUGUUGUACGUGCGCACCGAGUUCCUCAUCAUCAUCUUCUCCUCCUGCUUCUCCUGCUUCUUCUCCAUCAUCAUCAUCAUCAUCAUCAUCAUCAUCAUCAUCAUCUUUGACAUGUCAUCUCCCAUAGAAAUUCAACCCAAACGAUGGGGGAGUUUGGGAGCCGAGGCGACGCGAAUAUCCAGAGCUAUCAAAACGAUCGUCGAACUCUGGUGUGAAGAUCGUCGGGAAGCCAGAAAAGUUGAGCACAGGGGUAUCAGAUCAAGUCUUACGGGUUCGGCUGUCAGGAUCGAUCGCCACGUUGACAUCUGGCCUGCUGACCUCACGGUCCGCGACCAGUUCAAGCCUGGAGGGUUGAAGAUCUUCCAAAACAAGCGGUCGACCAACACAGAAGCGUUUCCAGGAGCCAUCGGCUACAAACCCCCGCUGCUGUACGACGAGGAGGGGCAGAUGGUGGACUACUCGAGCGUAAAGAUGGGAGGGGUCUUCGGGAGGAAGCGACUACAUGGAAAUGAACCUCUCAAGCUCGACGAAGAGAGGUCGGCGACUUUCUUUCCCGACAGGACAGUUCUUACGAGGUCCAAGAAGGCUGAAACUUCACUUGCCAACACAUUGGCGACGGAAAAAGUUUUUCCUUUCCGUCCUGACCUGCCGCAUGCAAGACGGGAAGUCAGUCACAUGAAAGUUGAGAAACAAAAAGACAGAGGAGCCGUUCAGGCGCCCGAGAGCCAACCGGUAGUACGAGAGAGGACUAUUGUCGUGCCUCCUCCUCCUCAGACGUACAGCCAGCAGCUCACAGGGUUGCAAACUCAAAUCAAGAAAUUCUCUCCGAGGGAGAAGCUGAAAUACGAAUUCCCUCUCGCCCCCACCACCUCCUGGACGUUCGUGGGAGGGUAUCGACCUUGAAGUCACCAUUGAAUUUGAAGCAUCAAAAAUUUUAUUUUCUGUCUU